AUGGUCCUAUCACAUUUUGAAUUGACAACCAGACCUCUAUUAUGUAUGCUCUGCUAUAUAAUAGAGGGAUCUAACUUGAAUGGUCGUGUGUCUAUUUGCCCAUCUUCAUCCACGGUAUCGCUAUGCGAUGGCAGCAGCGCCGGCAGCCCGAAGGAGGCGUGCGUCGCGCAGUCGCCGCCGCCGGCGCCGGCGAAGCGGCAGCAGCACCACCACCACACCCACCACGACCAGAGGCGGUUGAGCGUCGAGGUACGAGUCAGUCCAGGCGCGGCCGGUACCUCCGCCGACUCAUCACACAUACACCAUCCGCCUCAUCAUCAUCACAACAUGGACACAAACCCGCUGGAGGGUCCCGUGGAAUCGAUGGUGUCCGGGGCCGGCUCGUCGGACGGCGAGCUGUCGAGCAAAGCGGGCGACAGCCCGAGCAGGAAGCGGCGCAGGAUAUGCAGGCAUCUGUCUUCUGGUGAAAGCAACGUGUCGGUUGCGACGCCGGCCGUCGAGCGGCGGACGCCGAGACAUCAUUAUCAACCCAGGCGGCGAGUGCGCUACAUGAGCGGCGGCAACGGCGGCGUGUGCCCGCAGCACCGCCUGCUCGAGCACGCGCCGCACGCGCACCCCCACCCCCAUCCGCACGCGCACCAGCACCCGCAUGCGCACGCGCACGCCGCGCCGCUGCUGCUGGAUAUUAACCAGAGUGAGGGGAGGGGGAAAUAUGUUCAUAAGGGUACACGUAAAUAUGGGGACAACUCGCUGCCGCUAGAUAUUAGCCAGAUGUCCCUACGGGGCGCCAGGCUGAACGCGCUCGGCGGCGGCGUCGGCUGGCCGCCGCACCACCACACGCACCCGCACGCGCACGCGCACACGCACCCGCAUGCGCACGCGCACGCGCACCCGCACGCGCACGCGCACCACCACGCGCACACGCACAGGGACCAGCGGACGCAGGUGGCGAGCAUCGCCGGCGGCGAGAUGUGGCCCGCCGUGCUGCCGGCGCUGCCGCACCCGCUGCGCUAUCAGGAGGGAACAACUAACAGUGAUUGUUCCUCACUUAACUUUACAUUUAACCAUAUCCCAUCUGUUCAUGCACUACCGUGA